AGAGCAGAGAGAAAGAUGGUUGACAAGAAAGUAGAAAAUGACAUGACUGGGUGCACCAAUCAAGAAGGUGGCAUGAAAUUGAAAUUCUUGCUUGCAAUUCCUAACACUUUAAAUUCUAGUUUUUCCAACUUACAAGUAGAACCUCCCAUUCCCAAUCCUCCAGGCCAAAGAAACAGAGAAACAGAGACAGACUACAUGGAAGAGAAGGGAAGUAUAGGAGAGAAAGGAAGAGAGAAAGAUCUUCCAAAUGAGCAGCCUAAGAUCAACUACAGAGGAUGGAAAGCCAUGCCCUUUAUAAUAGGAAAUGAAACUUUCGAGAAGCUGGGAGCCAUUGGAACUUUAGCAAAUCUGUUAAUAUAUCUGACUACUGUCUUCAACAUGAAAAGCAUAACAGCUGCAACUAUUAUCAAUGUCUUCAAUGGCACCGCCAACUUCGGUACUUUGGUUGGAGCCUAUCUUAGUGACACUUACUUCGGUCGCUAUAAGACUCUGGGAUUUGCCACCAUUGCUUCCUUUCUGGGACUGUUUGUGAUACAAUUAACAGCAGCGAUCUCUAGCUUGCACCCUUCAAAGUGUGGGAAAGAGAGUAUCACAUGUAAAGGGCCUACACAAGGUCAAUUGGCAUUUCUAUUUGCAGGUCUUGGACUAAUGGUAAUAGGAGCUGGUGGUGUUCGUCCAUGUAAUCUAGCAUUUGGAGCAGACCAAUUUAACCCAAAAACUGAAUCUGGAAAAAAGGGUAUAAAGAAUUUCUUCAAUUGGUAUUUCUUCACCUUCACAUUUGCCCAAAUGGUAUCUCUUACUCUGAUAGUUUACAUUCAAUCCAAUGUUAGUUGGGCAAUUGGUUUAGCAAUUCCAGCAACUUUGAUGCUUAUCGCUGUUGUACUCUUCUUUCUGGGUUCUAAAAUUUAUGUCAAAAUUAAAGCUAAUGGCAGUCCAGUGACUAGCAUAGCUCAAGUUAUAGUAGUUUCAAUCAAGAAAAGGCGGUUGAAGCCGGUCGAGCAACCUUGGUUGUCUCUUUUCAAUUACAUUUCUCCUAACACAAUCAAUGCCAACCUUUCUUACACAAAUCAAUUCAGGUUCUUGGACAAAGCAGCAAUUAAAACCGAGCAAGACGAAAUAAAUCCUGAUGGAUCCCCAGCUAAUCCAUGGAAACUAUGCAGUUUACAACAAGUAGAAGAAGCGAAAUGCCUUGUAAGAAUAAUACCUAUAUGGGUAUCAGCUAUUAUAUACUAUGUUGUUAUAAUACAACAACAGACCUAUGCAGUUUUCCAGGCAGUUCAAAGCGAUAGGCGCCUUGGAAGCAGUAAUUUCAGGAUUCCUGCAGCCUCUUAUGUCGUGUUCUUGAUGCUAAGUUUUACCAUUUUUAUAGCUAUUUAUGACAGAAUCUUAGUCCCAUUUCUGCAAAGAAUUACAGGAAACGAAGAAGGCAUAGCAUUACUACAAAGAAUUGGAAUUGGAAUAGUUAUUUCCAUUAUUACAAUGUUUGUUUCUGCUUUAGUUGAAGAACAAAGAAGGACCAUUGCUCUUACCAAGCCAAUCGUAGGAAUUGCACCAAGAAGAGGUGGCAUUUCAUCAAUGUCCGGUUUAUGGUUAGUUCCUCAAUUAGCAUUAGCAGGAUUAGCUGAAGCGUUGGCUACAAUUGGCCUUAUCGAAUUUUAUUACAAGCAAUUUCCUGAAAACAUGAGAAGCAUUGCAGGCUCAAUUUUUCAUUGUGGCACGGCAUGUUCAAGUUAUCUAAGCAGUUUUUUAAUUACUAUUGUUCAUCGGACGACCAAACGAGCUGCUACCGGAAAUUGGUUGUCGGAAGAUCUUAAUAAGGGAAGAUUGGACCUUUAUUAUUACAUGAUUGCUGCUCUUGGAGUUUUGAAUUUUGGGUAUUUUUUAGUUUGUGCUAAGUGGUAUAAGUAUAAAAGGGAAAGAGAAGAUUCAAUAGAGUUGAGUAAUGAGUUGAAGCAAUGUGAAAGGAUUUAGCUUCUGGAUUAGUUAGGUUAUUCUGUUAAAAAAUAAUAUAGGCAGUUAAUAUAGUUGUGUAAUUCAUUAAGAAAGUUAUAGGAAAUCGUAUAUAUUAAUCAUAAUAUGGAGUAUUAGACGUCCUUUUCUAUUUUUUUCUAUAUCAAAACAAAUUGACAGCAGAUAUGUAUUCAGAAGAAUGAUUAAUUAAAAAGAGACAACCUUUAAACCA